UGAACUUCUCCCAACUUGACCCAUCAAACACGUUAGCGUUCAGCGCAUUGAAAUGGUUGCAUUUUAAUAGUGUUAUUUAACCGAGCCUAUUAACGACCAAAAUAUUCGAAAUCCUCUACCCCGUUUCAUACAUGUACACAACCUGUCAGAUUUGUCCUAGAUUUACAGAUUAAUGGAUACAAUCGAUGCAUGGUCAAUGCUGAUAUUACCCAGUCACAGUCUACUAUUUGAAGUAAAUCAGGAGCAGCUGUUUUGCUUUGGAACAUAAAUCCAAUUGCCGGAACCUGUCCAAUAACGCCCAAAAUUCUGCUGGGAUACCAUUGUGCUACUUUACUCAUUCUUUCAACAAAACCAUCAAUGUUGUAGAAAUGUCUAACAAUUCUAGUAAAAACAAAUCCAAUAAAUUUUACAAGGAAAACAAUUACAGUUGGUACAAACAAGAUCAGGAUGGAAAGUGGCACUGCGUAGUUUGCAGACGUGCAAAGUUGAAGAGCGCCUAUGUCAAUGGUCAUGAUCAGCCAGCAAAGACAACAAGUCACCAAAGACAUAGCAUUUCAAAUCAGCACAAUGCAGCUGUGGAGAAGACAAUAGUUCCGUCUGUGUGUUUCAUUACUGUACCUGUUGUAGACAUGCCAGAAGUUACAGCUGUUAAACAACAUAUUAAUAUAAAUGUGUGUGAUAAAUGCAUUUUAUGUACCUUUUCUUUUAAAAGAAUUGAAGCAACACCUAGGCAAACAAUAAAUCAUGACAAAAAUUUGAAUAGAAAAUUGAAAUUGACAAGAGAAAGACUUAAAGACAUUACUUACAUUGUGCCUGACAUCAAGAAAAAAGUUGCAUCCAUAGCCCAGGGUGUUUGUGUGAAAUGUUACAAAAAGGUUCAGACUAUUAUAAGAAAAGAAAAGGAAAUAAAGAAAGAUAAGAAGGCGAUGAUUGAUUUAUAUAGACAAGUGAAUGUUGCAUCAAUAACUUUGCAUUCUACAAGUGGAAAAUCUAAAGAGGAAGUUUUUCUCCCGAAGAAGGUAGUAUUGGAAGAAACAAAGUCAAAGACAGCAACAGAGCCAAGUGUUGCUGUUCAUCCAAUGGAUUCAACUGAUGUUAACCAGAAUGAUGGACGAGUAAUGAUGAAUGUGGAAUCAACUGUGGCCGAAUGUGAACCGUAUGUCUUUGAAUUACCUGUUGAUGGACAAGCAGUUAAUGAGACAAUUAAGGAAGAGCCAACAGAUACGGAGCAUUUGUUAGCUUUUGACAUUUAUGCUAAUGCAAUACAUCUAGAUGGUCAAGCAACAAAUGACGAUGUUAAAAAGGAGCCUUUGGAUACUGACCAUAUGUUUGCAUCUAAUACUGUGUCUAAUAACAUACUUUUACAUGGUCAAGAAAUAAGCAACCAAAAUAUUGACACACCUGCAUCUGCAACGCAUGCAUUAGCAUCUGGCAAUGCAAGUGACAUUCCAUCAUGUGAAAGCAAUUUACCUGAACCUCAGAUUAAAGUUGAGCCCAACAUAAAUUCUUAUACAUUUGACAUAGAAACCGAUUCUCCCAACCACCAAGUAUCUGUUGAAACAGAAGCAAUGAAAAACGAGUUGGAUGCAGAAAAUGUAAGUGGCGUUCCUGAUCAUCAUCAUAGAGUAAUGUCAGACCUUUGUAGAACAUUGGACGAACAAAAUGUGGAUAGAAGAAAUGUUAAUAACAGAGAAAAAAGAGUGCAAUUCAAGAUGGAAUCAACCAGCGCUAGUAAAACCACCGGUCAAACGCGAUCGAGAUCUUCAAGCCCUUCGAACCAAGAUGAUCAUGUUUGUUCGUCUUGUGGCAAGAAGUUCAAACGAAAGGCAACGCUCGUCGAACAUGAGAAAUUUGUUCAUCAGGGAAACAAAGGCACUUAUCAUUGUUGUGGACAGUGGUUUCGGAAACCGAGUUACUUCAAACGACACCUGUGUAGUGUUCAUGGGCGGGAGAAGAUUUAUUCGUGUGAAAAUUGUGGAAAGUCGUUCGCCAUUAAAGCAGAUUUGAACAGGCACCUCCGCCAUAAAAGUGGAAUGCUGUCAAACAAAUGCAACCAUUGUGACCAGGUUUUUGAAAGCAAACAGAGGCUCAAGGAUCACGAGGGUAUUCACACUGGGGCACCCCCUUCUCACCAGUGCCCAACCUGUUCAAAGCUUUUCAGGUUUAAGUCGGAUGUAGCACGUCACAGUAAAGUUCACAUGGUAGACAAUUGAGGAUACACUGGUUGGUGUGCAACAAUUUGCAUUUGUGUAACAUUUUAAAAUAGCCGAAAGUGUCGUCGGAAUUGUUGAGCAAGGUUUACAUUGUUCAUUUUUGUCAAAAAAUACACGAUUGCUAAAUGUAUGUUUCAAUGAUACAUUUGUAUAUCUCGAAUUUGAUAUCAUUAAUAGGAUAAACUUAAAAGUAACACUGUGUACAAAUAUUCGGUUCAUUUCUUCAUUCUUCUUUCCUGUGAAUAACUACUCAAAUUUUUGUUUUUUUUCCUCACUGCCUAUGUUAAAAAUUGAUCUAUAUACUAUUUAUUACUCAUACAUAUUAGGUUUGAUUGAAUUAAUUUAUUUAAUUAGUUCUUUUGAUCUAUAGUCUAUUUAUCAUUUAUAAAUAUUAGUUUUACUGUUUGAAGUCAUGGAAAUUAUUUCUUUUGAAAACUAUAAUGUUUAGACACGUGGCAUUGAUUUGUGUAUACUAUUAUGUAUUAAGACGAUAUACUAUUGUAUAAGUCUAAUAAACUGUCUGUUCUGUUAAAUUUGAAUGUUCAUUUUUUAUAGAUUGUAAAACUAUGUAUGUACGCAAAAGCUCAUAUAUACUGAGUCUACACGUCCAGUUGAAGAGCAAGUUCAUUUAAAUGAACUAUAUUCUAAUUCUAUAACAACAGUGUCGUUGUUGUUAUGCAUAGCUUAAACGUUGACAAUGAUUAAACAGGUAGUAGAAGAUAAAGAAGUUUAGGUUUAUUGCCAAUUAAGAUAUUUUUGAAGAUGUUGCCAAUUGUGUAGCGUUCAUAUCACAUUUUUAUGUUGAUAAAGAUAUGUAUUUUUUUCUUAAUGUGAACAGAUAAACAAUCGUCUGUCUAACAUAGUAGUUUAUUAAUGUUUUGUCUAAAUUCACGUUUAAACAUUGAAAUUCAAUUCAGAACACAUUUUUGCAAGAAAGAACUUGCCUGCUGGACAACUGGAGUUGUUCAAGUUUUCUCACCUUUAUGCAAUUGUCUGUCAUGA